AAAUCGGAAGUGCCAGGAGGCGGGUCUGCCAGUCUGUGAUCAUUACGGCGCCAUGAACAUCUUGCCCAAGAAGAGCUGGCACGUCCGGAACAAGGAUAAUGUCGCCCGCGUGCGGCGGGACGAGGCCCAGGCCCGGGAGGAGGAGAAAGAGCGUGAGCGCAGGGUGCUUCUCGCUCAGCAAGAGGCCCGCACAGAAUUCCUACGGAAGAAAGCCAGGCAUCGGAACUCACUACCUGAGCUUGAAGCAGCAGAUGCAGGAGCCCCGAGUUCUGGCCCUGUGGACCUGUUUCGGGAGCUGCUGGAGGAGGGGAAAGGGGUGACCAGAAACAACAAAGAGUAUGAAGAAGAAAAGCGACAGGAGAAAGAGAGGCAGGAGAAAGCUCUGGGCAUCCUGACGUACCUGGGCCAGAGUGCAGCAGAAGCCCAGACUCAGCCCCCUUGGUACCAGCUGCCCCCGGAACGAGGGGCAUCCCUGCCUGGCCCAGGACCAGAUGUGAAGGUCAAGAACCGCCUGGACCCUCUACUGGAGAUGCAAAAGCAUUUGGGGAAGAAGAGAAGGCACAGCGAUGACCACAGUGGACACAGCAGAAAGGAAAAGGAGGGGCCAGAGAAACAGCGGCCCAAAGAAUCCCCUUCCCUGGACCAGCUUCGGGCUGAACGCCUUCGGCGAGAAGCAGCUGAGAGGGUGAGGGCGGAGGCCCUGCUGGCCCGGGUCCGAGGCGGGGCACCCCAGGAGGAGCAGCCAGAAGAGGCAGAUGAUCGGCGGAGGCGGUACAACUCCCAAUUCAACCCCCAGCUGGCCCGGCGCCCCCGCUGGCAGGACCCCCCUCUUGCUCACUGACUCCUGAGGGGUACAGGAGAGGCUGCUGCUGCCAGCCGUCAUAUAAAACUAUUUAUUCAUAAAUAUUUUCCAAAAUGAAAA